AUGCUGGACGACGAAUUCGACUCUCCGGAGCCUCUUCCAGCCUUUGGGAAUUCACGCAAAUUUCACGCAUGUCUUCUCGUUAUAGGUACAGGAAAGAAUUUCGUAUCUGAUUUUGUGGUGACAUCUUUAUACGAAAAAGGUUUUCAAAGUAAAUAUGAUCACAAAUUCACAGCUGAUUUCUGGAUCACAAAUCCUUCGUUUGAGAUUAUACUUGUAACUACAAUAAAAGAAGCGGUUAAAAAGUGUCCACACUCACUGUUUAUUUUUGAUGAGACGCAAAAAAUGCCCAAAGGAGCGUUUGAUUCUAUAGUUACGCUUUUAGAUCACCAUUAUUCGCACAAGGGAUAUGACUUUUCAAAAGCUAUUUUCAUUUUCCUCUCGAACAGUGCGGGUGUCGAGAUCGCACGAAAACUGAAGUCCAUUAUUGAUUCUGGUCGUUGGAGAGACAAAACGACGUUGCAAGAUUUUGAGCGUAUCGCCGAAUUAGGUGCAUAUAAUAUGUUAGGUGGAUUACAAGAGAGUGGUCUCAUAAGUUCGCAUGUUAUUGACCAUUUCGUACCAUUUCUGCCAUUAGAACCACGCCACGUAGAGCAAUGUAUUAAACAGGAAUUCGAACAAUUUUGUCCAUUUGAAGUAACUGAUCAAAAAAUCAGUGAUGUUGUGAGGAUGGCCGUUACCUUGGAUGAAACUGGUACGUUCCAAAAUAACGGGUGCAAACGCAUCAGCAAAAAAGUAGAGGCGUUGUGUUACAAUUAGGAUCAAUGUUACAUUAAAGAGCGUCAUGUGAUCUGCGACAAUAAAAUAAGAAUAAAUUGAUAAAUCUGCA